GGCAGACCGCACACCCGCGUGCGUACCGUAACGUCCGGCAAAGAGCUCUUCUUCUCCCCCCCGGCACGCAAACGAACCUUCGCUUCUCCAAUUCGUUCGACCGACCGCCGCGGCGAUCCACACCCGCGAAACCCAGUUCGCUUCUCGUCGUCGUCGCCGCCAUGAACGACCUCUUCUCCGGCUCCUUCUCCCGCUUCCGCGGCGACCAGUCCCCGCCCCGGGCCGCCUCCGACCGCCGCUACGACGUCGAGAUGGCCGCCACGGGGGCGGGGGCGGGGGCGGCGGCUCCUGCUGCUGCUUCCGGCGGGGUCAACCUGGACAAGUUCUUCGAGGACGUGGAGUCCAUCAAGGAGGAGCUCAAGGAGCUGGAGUCGAUCCACCAGCGGCUCCAGUCGUCGCACGAGCAGAGCAAGACGCUGCACAACGCGAGGGCGGUGAAGGACCUGCGGUCGCGCAUGGACGCCGACGUCACGGCCGCGCUCAAGAAGGCCAAGCUCGUCAAGGUCCGCCUCGAGGCCCUCGACCGGUCCAACGCCGCCAACCGGAGCCAGCCCGGAUGCGGGCCGGGCUCCUCGUCGGACCGGACCCGGACCUCCGUGGUGAACGGGCUGCGGAAGAAGCUGCGGGACUCGAUGGAGGGCUUCAACGCCCUGAGGCAGCAGAUCUCGUCCGAGUACCGGGAGACCGUCCAGCGGAGGUACUUCACCGUCACCGGCGAGAACCCCGACGAGAGGACCCUCGAUCUCUUGAUCUCCACAGGCGAGAGCGAGACCUUCUUGCAGAAGGCCAUUCAGGAGCAGGGCAGAGGGAGAGUCUUGGACACGAUACAAGAAAUCCAGGAGAGGCAUGAUGCCGUCAAGGACAUGGAGAAGAACCUCAAGGAGCUGCACCAGGUGUUCCUGGACAUGGCCGUGCUGGUGCAGUCUCAGGGCGAGCAGCUGGACGACAUCGAGAGCCAGGUGGCGAGAGCCAACUCAUUCGUGCAAGGCGGGACCGAGCGCUUGCAGACCGCUAGGAAGUAUCAGAAGAACACGCGGAAGUGGACUUGUUAUUGCAUCAUACUUUUGCUAGUGAUAGUUUUGUUUGUGGUACUGUUUACUGUGAGGCCGUGGGAAAAUAAGAGCAGCGGCAGCAGCAAUCAACCAGCACCAGCGCUAUCACCUCCGCCGCCUGCACGUUGAGGUUCCUUGGGUUAUUGGUUUAUUCAGUCAUAUACAUAUUGUUCUAUACUGGAUCGUGGUUUCGACACUUGAGGCUUCCCCAUUUAAAUUGAUUGCUUUAUUUUUUUCGCCUUCA